AUGACGUGGUACGACACACAGCUGCAACAACGGCAUGCAACACACAGCUGCAACAACAUGACAAGUAAAUUAAAGGAAUAUAACUGUGGCGAGGCUAACUGUAGCGAGGCUAACUGUGGCGAGGUUAACUGUGGCGAGGUUAACCGUGGCAAGGUUAACUGUGGCGAGGUUAACUGUAGCGAGGUUAACUGUGGCGAGGCUAACUGUGGCAAGGCUAACUGUGGCGAGGUUAACCGUGGCAAGGUUAACUGUGGCGAGGUUAACUGUAGCGAGGUUAACUGUGGCGAGGCUAACUGUGGCAAGGCUAACUGUGGCAGCCAGAUUAUGGAAUCUUACCAAGACCUCGGGGAGACGUGUGAUCCUACCGCAGAUGAGGCUAUUGUGGUAGUGAUGGGUGACGUCAGCAGAUGGUACUAA